AUGAGAUUGUUGCCUGUGCUAGCGCUGACCCUGGCCAUUCUGGUCUGUGGCACUGUGGUCGCCGCUCAAGAUACUACGGAUAGUUCUGAGUACGAUUAUAGUGAUUACAAUGACGAUGACUAUAGCUACGAGGAUUAUGAAGACGAUGGUGCGAGUACAGCUGAGGGCUCGACCGAAGAUGCAACAACAGAGGCGAGUUCCAACAACGACUCGGGUGUGAGCUCGGGAGAGGAAUCGGAAGACAGUUCUGAAGAUCAAGUGGAUAGUGGAUCAAGUGAAGUGACCCCCGCUCCAGUGGUCCCCACGAAGCCAAGUCCAGCCACACCGAAAAAAGCCCCGAAGCCUGCCGCCGGCAAAAACAAGCAGCGUCGUAGGCGAACCACCGCAGCGCCCAAGAGACGCACCACAGUGGCACCGAAGCGCCGCCAGCCAGUUGCCACGCCCACCAAGAGGCAGACACCUGUGGCAGCCGCCAAAAAGCGUGCCACCGUGGCAGCAAACAAACGUAAGCAGGCCUCGGGUUAA